AUGGAAAAUAUCACAAUAAAUUGCGUAGGGAUAUGUGAUGAACCCAAAACCUGUAAUCAUUACGAGGCCUUAGAGGAAGUUAGGCAGGCAGGUGAACCAACAAACAUACAUCGUAAAAUUUCAAAUCAUAAAUCAUUUUCUUUUAUGCUCAUAAGAACAUUAACAUCCAUUCAAGUUCAAACCCUAAAUUCUGAUGAAGCUGAUGAAACAUUUUUAGAUUAA